AUGCUUAAUAGUUCUGAGAGGAUGAAGGAAAAGCUGAAUUCAAAGCUCAAUGAUGCGAUAACAAAGUUCCCUGAAAAGGAAAGUUUUAGGAUUUUCAAAGAAAAGAUGACAAAUACAAUUGUUGAAGAAAAAUCUGAAAGCACAACACUUUUUGAAUUUCCAAGUAAUGAAACUGGAGUUGAAGGUAUCAAUUUGACACCAAUAAUGGGUCAAAAAACAAAUGAUCAAAAAGAAAAUGAGGAUGAUGAAGGAAAUCGAGAAGAAGAAAAUGAUAAUGAUGGAAGUCAACCGGAAGUGGAUUACUUGCUUGAUUCAAAUGAAGUAGAGAAUGAAGGGAUAAAGAAUGAUGGAGAUAAGAAUAAAAAAGAAGGUGAAACUGAAGUAAAAGAGAAAAAUGGAAAGAACAAUGAAAAUGACAAUGAUGAAGAGAAAAAAGAUCAAUGCUGA